AGAAAGUACAUACAUACACACUGAUAAAGACUUUUUCCUACCUUAUAUUAAAAUAUAUAUGUAUAAGUAAUAUUUAUAAGUAAUUCGUGUCAGCCUCAGCAGUAGUCAAGUUUUUCACAGUUUGUUAAGGUCGAAUUUAGUCUAUUCUAACUUAUUUAGUCAGAAAUUCAAAUAUGUCUACUGUAAGUAAUUUAUUAGCUCGCUCAACAGUACAUAAUUUGAUCAAGUCCAGAAUUCUUCUUUCUGGUCCAAUUCCAGUCGCAGAUUACAUGCGAUUGGCCUUAACUGCUCAACCAAUAUCAAAAGACUUGGUAACAAGAAAUUUACAAGGUGGAGGCGGAUACUAUAUGAAACGGGAUGUUUUUGGACAACAAGGGGAUUUUAUCACAUCUCCAGAAAUUUCACAGUUAUUUGGCGAGAUGAUUGCAAUCUGGUGCCUUCAAACGUGGAUGGAAAUUGGUGGACCUAAAAAGUUUAGCGUUGUGGAAUUGGGCCCUGGCAGGGGAACAUUGUCCAAAGACAUUUUACGAGUAUUCAAACAAUUUAAUCACAUUACUGGGAGUAAUGUGACCCUACAUUUGGUGGAGAUCAGCCCAUUUCUGGCAACUAUCCAAUGCGAUUCCUUGACUUGCAGAAAAACAAAAGAAACGAAGGACGUGGGCGAAGCAGGCCAAAAAAGAGAGAAAGCGAGGAAAGCACCAGAAGAAUCCGAAUCACAGCAACAGGAAGAGGAACAACCACUGCUGGAUCCCAUGAAGGAAAUCUCAAGUGAUGAUGGGCGAGCAGCUUUCUAUCAUCACGCAAUAGCAGAAGAGACUGGGUUUCCCGUGUAUUGGUACAGAGACAUUCGAGAUUUGCCUCAAGACUUUCACUUCUACAUUGCUCAUGAGUUCUUUGAUGCUCUUCCUGUACACAAAAUUCAGAAAGUUGAAAAUAAAUGGAGAGAGGUGCUUGUCGAUAUCAGUCCAGAGGAGGAAGAAUCCACUUUUAGAUAUGUUAUUUCCAGAAAUGAAACGCCAGUUAUAAAACUGCUGCAACAAAAUUACAGCAGCGUACUUCAAGACCCUCGACAACAUAUAGAAAUUAGUAUAGACGCCUUGGGAAUUUUGGAUAACUUAACAAAUCGAUUAACAACAUGCGGGGGAAUCUCCACAAUCAUUGACUAUGGUCACAACGGAACCAAAGAAGAUACAUUCAGGGCUUUUUACAAACAUAAAUUGCACGACCCUCUUUGCGACCCUGGGAAAGUAGAUCUCACAGCUGAUGUUGACUUUUCCGUAAUCCGCAAGCUGUUCAAUCACCGUGCUGUGAUUUGCGGACCUGUGACUCAACGUGAUUUUCUCAGCCAAAUAGGGAUUGAGCAUCGAUUACAGAUGCUCCUUGAUAAAUGCAAGCUCCCAAAAGAAAAAGAAGCUCUAAUUAGCGGCCACAAGAUGAUUAUGGAGGAAAUGGGAUCCCGAUUUCAUGUAAUGUCUCUGCUACCCAACAUUUUAAAGACUUGUAGCCCCGACCUGAAAAUUGCAGGCUUCUCCUCCACGUCUACUAGUAGUUAAUAUUUACAUACUUCAUUAUACAAGUUAUGUAUGAAAGUUAUGAGACGAGGCAAUAAAUAAUACCCGAUACACGGGGAAAAUGAACAAGUA